UGUAGCAGAGCUUGGGCAUGGGGAGGUCAGGCAUGGGAUCAAGGCUGCAUUUAUAUAAAGACAGAGCAAUAUGCACUGGAAAUCCCUGCUUAGAAAGGGAGAAUUUUCAGAGACACACCAUGAGAGUCCUAAUUUUUCUCCUCACACUGAGCGUUCUCUCGUGCUCGGGGUUUCCAGCCUAUGACUAUGAACUCCCUGUCAUGGAAGAGGCUCUCAAUGCUUCCAUUGCACGGAUCAACUCCCAGUCCUGGGGGAGAAACCUGUAUGGUGUUGUCAGGAGCCACGUCACGGGAGUUGACAUGUGGGACAGUGAUGCCUACAGACUAGAGCUGCAGUUCAGCAUCCGUGAGACCGUGUGCUCGAAGGCUUCGGGGAGAGACCCCUUCACCUGCCACUUCAAAACUGGGCCUUAUGUGCCAACUGCUUCCUGCAGGAGCGUUGUGGAGGUCUCUGGUGAGCAGGUCUCCAGCGUCAUCGUGCGCUGCCACCACGGCACGGUCAGCUCUGAGUCGCUGAGCAGCGAGGAGAUGAUGUACGGGCCGAAAAUGAUCCCCAGCCGGCGAGGCAGCACUCACAGGGAAGAAGAUGCCUUUGCUCCUGAAGCCUUCCCUUCAGGGGGAAGGGGUGGCAGCCGUGGGGAUUGGCACAACCCCAGCUCUGACAAGAUGGAAUAAUCUGGUUUGGGAUGGGUAACUGGCUGCUGCAAAAAUUGCUCAGGCAAGUGGCUGACAAGAGUUUUUCAUGCUGGAUUUUCCGUUUCCUGAACCAGAUCUUCUCAUCUUUUUGGCUACAGGAGUUAUUUCAGGGGAACUCUUUGCCUGGAAUUCUGUGCAAUAAGCUGGGCUAAAUGAUCUCACUGGUGCUUUGUAGCUCUUUUUGUUUAUUAGAGUGUGCUAAAUAUUCGAGGGGGGGGGGAAUCAGUGCAGUUGUUACACAAAGAACAUUUUGGAGUCUGCAGCCGUCAGACCCACCGGUCUGCUGGUGCCUGCAGGAGUUAGAAACUGCAUCUGAAAAACCCCAUCAGUGAUUAAUGACCUCCAAGCCCAGAAAGCAAAGGGGUCCCAGCGUUCUGCUGUUCCAAAACCACCGGCCUGAGGAAGUUUUCCUGUGCCUGACCCGUGGCUUUCAUCUGGAAUCCCACCAGCGAUGCUUCAUUGUCCUUGAACAGGAAAAUAAGGCAGCAAGUUCCUUGCCUUUGCAAUGUGAAUGCUGAUUUUUUCUUAUUAAUCACACAAGGAAAGCAUUUUUUAACAGAAAAUCAAAUCCCUCCAGCAUCAAGGCUGUGAUUUCCUCCUCGAGUUGUCUGUAUUUUCCUGGCAAUUACUCUCUCUUACCUGGCACACCUUGCUGCUGGCAGGAACAUGGUGGUGGCAGUUGCUGGCAGCUGAUUAGCAGCCUUGCAGAUGCAGAACUGAAUGGUCUGGCAUCCUUGAAUAUCAGGGUUUGUUUUUGGGGGUUUUUUCAAUGGAAGAGUGACUGGCAGCAUUGGGCCUCUUUUCAUCCCAAGAAAUCCAGGAUCCAAACCUUCAGAGUGAAAAGGAUGCUUGUUUAUCUGUCUCCUAUUAAUAUAACACCAGAGCAGGGUGCAAAGCCCUCCUGGGGCCUGGAAAAACGA